GGCAGAAAAUUGUGAGCUGGAGUAUCACUCAGAGGCGAUUCAGUUCUGCCUUUUCUCUUGGAGCAUCAGAGAGGUUACAGGCCAGGGAAGGUCAACUUGUGCCUCACUUGGGGGAUUAAUUCUCGGCUCCAGAAUCGAUUCCUGGUAGAGACUCAGAAAUCACUCGAACUCGGCUUUUAACACAGACUGUACUUCACAACUCGCAAGAUGAGUGAUGAGGAGAUCACUUACUCAACUGUGAGAUUUCAUAAGUCUUCUUCAGAGUUACAGAACAGGCCUGAUGAGACUCAAAGGCCCAGAGAACCUGGCCACAGAGAGUGUUCAGUCCGCUGGCACCUCAUUGCUAUACCUCUUGGAAUCCUUUGUUCCAUUCUACUGGUGGCCAUUGCAGUGUUGGUGACAUACAUUUUUCAGUACAGACAAGAGAAACAUAAUCAGGAGAAGAUUAUAAACAACCUCUACCAAAAGUAUUACAGCAUUAAAAAUGACAGCUACUUAAAAGAACAAAUUUUUAAUAAUAAGUCUACAGAGUGUGAUGCCCUCAAAGAUCGUCUGAACUCUGUCAACAGAGAAUGGAAGAGAUGCUGUGGGGAAACUAAGAUUGUUUUAGAUUGCAUACAGCGCACAGGCAAUCGUGUUGAAGGACACUGGUUCUGCUGUGGCAUAAAAUGUUAUUAUUUCCUCAUGGACAAUAAACCCUGGCAUGGAUGUAAGAAGACCUGCAAGGACUGCAGCUUAUCCCUUUUGAAGAUCAAUGAUGAUGCUGAGCUGACAUUCCUUAAGUCCCAACUUCAUCCAAGGAGUUACUGGAUUGGAUUGUCAUAUGGUUGGAAAGACAAAGAAUGGGAAUGGAUUGACGAUGGCCCAUCUAAACUUAAUUUGACAUGGCUGAAAUCAGUACGUUAUACAGGAGGCUGUGCAUUUCUCAGUUCAAAAGGUGUAGAUGAUGAGGACUGUGGUAAAACCCAUGGCUGCAUAUGUGAAAAGAGAGUGGAGAAAUUCCCUGAUUCAAUGUGCAGCGCAAGGUCUCAGUUGGCUGUGCAAGCUGAGUGAGGAGUUGAAAAGGGAAGGUAUUCUUCUGAAAUCUGGCUUAAUAGAGCGGCAGCCUACUUCCUUCCAGGUGCACAGAGCAGCUGUGUCUGGAGAACAGAGCACUGUGCUCCUAGCCCUGAGCAAACACACUCUUUAUUUUAUGAAUGACACACAGAACCAAAUAGAAAACCCUGAUAAUAGCACACAUAUCUCAUUGUUACUUGGACAAACCAUUUCUAUAUCCCAUGACUUUGACAGUAUAAUUAACAACUAUGAUGCAGUUGUUGAUUUCUGUUUCUUUGUUAAUUGGUUGUUUAAUAUUUGAUAUUUUUUACAGAUAGAAGAAUUUAUCUCUAAAAACAUUUAUUUUCUGUAAAAUAUGAUUUCAGACUUGAAGUUGCCAAACUAGUUCAAUGAACCCAUACAACCUUCCAUAGUCCGUAUGUUCUCCCCUCAUUUUUCUGAUACAUCUGAUAAGUUGAAACCCUAUAGAUAUUAAUUUAAUGUCAUCGGGAUGUGAUGUCUCAGACUUACAAUCUUAUAGAUGCCUGAGUCUGAAGGCUGUGUUACCUACAUAGUUAAAUUUUUGGGCAUCAUGAGCUAUAGAGUGAGAUUCUGCUUCAUGAAACCUAAUAAUUAUGACAGUGAUAUUACUAAGCUGUCCAUACAUCAUUUUUAGAGACAAGCUAUUUUUUUUACAAUAUCAUACUGAGAUGAAAAAAACUCAAGAAAUGUCGUAUUGAUAUAGUAGUAUGUUGUAAUCUAUAACCCAUAUCCACAUUUGUCAUUUUCUGGAGUAUAUCACUGUUGGUUAGAAGCAUGCAAUGCAUUCACUUGUAAUGUCCUUUAGUUCUGAAAUGGUUCCUGACUUAUGCUUUUUUCUGACAUUAAAAAUGUAAAAUAUGG